GCUAUAUCAUUCAGUUAACAACCGUCAGGCCACGUGAUAACUUCUCCGCGUUCCGCGUCUUAUAAGUACUUCAAAGCGUUAUACUAUAAAGUCUAUCUAUAUCGCAGUUCACAUCUGUGACAUCAUAAUUACGCAUCAUUUACACGAACGACAGCAAAUAAGUUGCUGCAGACAUGGAUUAUAUAUUUCUUUUCCUAGUUACAUUUGUCUUAGGAUUCUGGAUAUUUAAAAAAAUGAAAGAUUGGAAAGAUUUACCACCAGGACCUUGGGGACUCCCGAUUAUUGGGUAUUUACCGUUUAUCGACAAAGUUCAUCCGCACCUUACUUUGACAAACUUGACACGAGAAUAUGGACCUGUUUAUGCUAUUUCUAUGGGCAGUGUUUAUACUGUUGUUCUUUCGGAUCAGAAGUUAGUUCGAGAGGCUUUUUCAAAAGACAACUUCUCAGGACGAGCUCCGUUAUAUCUGACGCAUGGAAUCAUGCACGGAAAUGGUAUAAUUUGCGCUGAGGGUAGUCUGUGGAAGGAUCAACGCAAACUCAUUACAAUGUGGCUAAAAAGUUUCGGAAUGAGCAAACACAGCGUGUCCCGCGAUAAAUUAGAAAAACGCAUCGCAUCGGGUGUUAAUGAAUUAGUUCAAAACGUUGAAGAUGCAUCUGGAUCGCCGAUCGAUUUGUCUAAAUGGAUUAUGGACUCGCUGGGGAACGUGGUGAACGAUAUUAUCUUUGGAUAUAAGUUUCCUCCUGAUAGCAAGACAUGGCUCUGGCUUAGAGAGAUCCAAGAGGAAGGCUGUAAUGAAAUGGGUGUGGCAGGAGCUGUUAAUUUUCUUCCAUUCCUGCGAUUUAUCUCCCCAUCUAUUCAAAAAACAAUGCAAGUAUUACUGCGUGGCCAAGUACAAACACAUAGACUUUAUGCCAGUAUCAUUGCAAGGCGAAGGAAAAUGCUUGGUAUUGAGUCGCCAGCAGGGGCUGUCUUUGAAAAACAUCGCGGCCUCCUAGAUGAGCAUCCAGAGGGCUUCAUUAAAUGUGUCAAAUAUAGCAAAUACGCAACAAACACAGAAGAGCAUUACUUCGAUCCUAACACACUUAUACCUUUUGAAGAUGAAUGUAUACUUGACAACUUUGUCAAAGAGCAGAAACGAAGGUAUGAUAAUAAUGAAGAGGCAGCCAAAUACAUGACGGAUGAACAACUACUGUUUGUUCUAACUGAUAUGUUCGGAGCUGGAAUAGACACAACGGCUGUAACUCUUUCAUGGUAUUUCAUUUACAUCGCUUUGUAUCCUGAAGAGCAGGACCGGGUCCGAAAAGAAAUCCUUUCUGUGUAUCCUGAAGAAUGUGAGGUAGACAGCACAAAACUUCCAUAUUUAAUGGCAACUAUAUGUGAAACUCAAAGGAUUAGAUCAAUAGUCCCUGUUGGAAUACCUCACGGCUGUAUGCAAGACACAUAUUUGGGUAACUACCGCAUACCAAAAGGUACUAUGGUUGUGCCUCUACAAUGGGCAAUACACAUGGACCCUAAUGUUUGGGAGAAUCCAAAUGAAUUUAAGCCAAUUCGAUUUAUUGAUGAACAAGGAAACUUAAUAAAACCACAGGAGUUCAUACCUUUUCAAACAGGGAAGCGAAUGUGCCCUGGCGAUGAGCUAUCAAGAAUGAUAACUGCUGGAUUUGUGGUUCGUUUUCUACGUGCUUUUAAAGUUAGCUUGGCUUCCGAAAAACCAACAGAUUUUGAAAUGUUGGGGACCGUUGGUGUAACCUUGGCACCACCCCAUGCUUUGUUCCGUUGUGAAACAAUUUAAAAAAAUUCUUAAAAAUAUCACUUCAGAACCUCAUUUUUAUUGUAUCUCGAUUGUUAAGUAGAAUUCAGUUAGAUGUAUGUAUUGAAUCAAUAAAUAUGAAUUAUUAA